UCCCAGGGUACCUUGCACUUCCUUCCCAGCCUCCUCUGCGUGGCCCUCUCUAAACCCUCCCUGCGACGUUUAGCGCGCAGAGAUCCGUACGUGCACCGCGCGCUUCCCGAGGCGCAGGUCAGCCAGAAUGAACAUGUUUGCGACUGAGGAAACAAUUCUUGGAGGCCGUAACAGCCGGCCCUCAGCUGCUGGUGGCGACUCUGUGCUGUGCUUUGGACAGUACCAGUACACAGCAGAAGAGUACCAGGCCAUCCAGAGUGCUCUGAGGCAGAGGCUGGGCCCGGAAUACAUAAGUAGCCGCAUGGCUGGAGGAGGCCAGAAGGUGUGUUACAUUGAGGGUCACAGGGUAAUUAAUCUGGCCAAUGAGAUGUUUGGUUACAAUGGCUGGGCACACUCUGUCACACAGCAGAAUGUGGAUUUUGUUGACUUAAACAAUGGCAAGUUCUACGUGGGAGUCUGUGCAUUUGUGAGAGUCCAGUUAAAGGAUGGUUCCUACCAUGAAGAUGUGGGCUAUGGUGUGAGUGAGGGCCUCAGGUCAAAAGCCUUGUCUUUGGAGAAGGCCAGGAAGGAGGCAGUGACAGAUGGGCUGAAGCGAGCACUGAGAAGUUUUGGGAAUGCACUGGGAAAUUGUAUUCUGGACAAAGACUACCUGAGGUCACUGAGUAAGCUGCCACACCAGUUGCCGCUGGAAGUGGAUUUAACUAAAGCAAAGCGACAAGAUUUUGAACCAUCUGUGGAACGAGCGAGAUACAGCAGCUGCCAACAGAAUGUGACUUUGGGACCCCCAAAAGCACCAGAGGUGACCUCCCCUUGCAGACCAAGCCACUCGGAUGACCCCCACAUGGUGAUGCAGGGGGACAAGGACAACGGCUCCCGGUAUGGGGCCCCGUUGCCUCCCUCUCUGCUUCUUCCCACAUGCUCUGCGUACCUCCGUUUCUACCUGUGCGGCCAGCGGCUUGGUGUGCAUGCGCCCUCAAAAACCGCAUGUCGUUUUCCUGUUAACUGGAAGCUCACGCCCACCUUGUUGCUGUUCUGCCGCAGAAGUCUAGCCUCCGCGGUGCAGAGCUGCUCUACCUACCAGCGGAAACUCCGGCAGAAACAGCUGCAGCAGCAGUUUCGAGAGCAAAUGGAGCUACGGCAGCAAGUUCACCCGCCUGCGCCCUCAGCUGAGAAGGCGGCUCUGUCGGCGCCUGUGAAGCACGGCAUUCCCGUAGCUGCUGUUCCAGAACCGCUCCCGGUGGAAGACUUCCUUGCAGCCAAUCUUGAAAUGUGGAGUAUGGCUCAGGAUGCAGGGAACGUUGUUGCCAAGCCCUUGUCUAAACCAGAGCCACACCAGACCUCUGCCACACCAGUCCUGGAGAACCAGAUGGUCGCCCAGAACAGGAACCCACAGAGCCUUUGCCACCGGAAUCCACAAGCAAAACCUGGACCCUGGCACCUCCAAACUGAUGACGUUAACCAGGACCUAACAGGCAACUGUGAUUCCUAUAGGAAGAACCAGGACAUGAAGAAAAGGAAAGCAAACCAUGUUAAUUGAGGAUCAGGUCACACAUGGGACUAUCACAAAGGAAUGUUCAGAAAUGACUUUUUAGUCAUGAAAUUGUUUCUAGGGAAUAAGCCUUAUGUCCAAGGAUUUACCUUGCUUCAGUCUCAACUUCAACAGAAGAGCUGACAAUUGGAGCCUGCUGCACAGGAAGCUGAGCAGCUGGAAAGCAAGCACUUUUAAAAAGCUGGUCACACACUGCAGUGGGGAGGCUCUGGGGAACUUAGGUGCCUUCUCUUGGCUCUUGAGGGUCUUCACUAUUUAUUCUUAGGCUAUUAUAGUAAUAGAUAUUUUAGGGAUCACCAGUGGCUACUUGCCCUCAAGCAGUAGAAGCUGUACUACUGCUGAACAACAACAACUUGAACAACUGCCUCCAUUGCAUCACUGCGUGCUGCAUGUUAGGGCUCCACAUGAGCCCAGCCAUGUGAGCUCCGGGCAGCUAGCCAAGAACAAAUGCUGUGGUGGUUCACUGCUUUGCGUGAGUCCAGGUUGCAGUUGUCUUCUAUGAUAAUCUUGUUCAGAUUUACAAUGUCACUGUCUUGCAUUUUUUCUUGAUCAAGGAAGUAAUGAUCUAAGAUCAAGGAAAGGGCAUUUUAAGAAAGCAAAAUAAAUCCUCAAGCAGUGUUUCUAUUUCCUCACUUGAGAUGUGAAAUAUUACCCACCUCAACAUAAAUUGUUUUCUCAUAGUGUUUAGCUUUCUCAUAGCUGCUUUCCCCCCCCAAAUGAGUUUCCAUGUUAGUUUUUAAGGGAUGUUUUGGACCGCAUUUUUAUCUAAUCUUGAAGCAGUAGCUUUUGUCAAUUUUGGGGUCACAGACCCGUUUGUGGGAAGUCAUGAGCCUGAGGCAAGGAGUCCCGAAGCCUAGGAAGGCGGUGAGCAGCAGCUUAGCCCUGACUUCCCUUGUACGCCGCCUCUUGUUGCACAGACUCAACUAUGUAUUCAUCUUUUGAUUUUGAUAACCGUACCAUUUUCCUCAGAGAAACUAUUAUCUUCCUUCUCUGCAGCAUAAUCUUAGUUCAGGUCAGAAGUGCCACUGAAAAAUUUUGUGGCGUUAAGAAUCCAGUUAUAAAUUAUGCACAACUCAAAACCAAGCUAAGAUCAUGAAAAAGGAAUUUGCUGGAAAUAAAACCCACAGCUCAACAAAA